AUGAAAUUGCUGUGGAAAGCUAAAAUGAGCACAAUUCAGGACUGGGGUGAAGAAGUAGAAGAGGGAGCUGUUUACCAUGUCACCCUGAAAAGAGUGCAGAUUCAGCAGGUUGCCAACAAAGGAGCAAGAUGGCUAGGGGUUGAAGGGGACCAGUUACCUCCAGAACAUACUGUGAGCCAGUAUGAAACAUGCAAGAUCAGGACAAUAAAAGCUGGAACUUUGGACAAACUUGUGGAGAAUCUUCUGACAGCUUUUGGGGAUAAUGAUUUUACCUACAUCAGUAUCUUUCUCUCAACGUACAGGGCCUUUGCUUCUACUAAGGACGUACUGGAACUUCUCCUUGACAGGUUUGGAAUCCUGGAGACCUCAAGCUGUGAAGAAGUUGGAAGCCAGAAUUCCUCCGAAUCCAAAACAGUACUCAGGACUGCAAUAGCAUCAAUCUUACGAGCCUGGCUCGAUCAGUGCUCUGAGGAUUUCAGAGAGCCACCUGACUACCCGUGUUUGCUGAAGUUGCUGGAUUACCUGAAGAGGAAUAUACCCGGCUCUGACCCGGAGAGGAGGGCACAGAACCUUUUGGAGCAGUUCCAGAACCAAGAAGUGGAAAACGACGAUGGGUUCCAUAACACUUCCCCCUGUAACCUAUAUGAUGAAGAGGAACUGGAGAUCAGCAGUUCAGAAGAAUUCUCUGUUUUCCAAGAAGACCUUGUGGCAGAACAGUUGACAUACAUGGAUGCAAAACUCUUCAAGAAAGUUGUGCCCUACCACUGUUUGGGAUGCAUCUGGUCUCGAAGGGAUAAGAAAGAAAACAAGCACCUGGCACCCACCAUCAGAGCCACCAUCUCUCAGUUCAAUGCAGUUACCAAAUGUGUUGUCAGCACUAUCUUGAAGAGCAAAGAACUCAAAACACAGCAAAGAGCCAAGAUCAUUGAGAAGUGGAUUCAUAUUGCACAUGAAUGUAGGAUCCUGAAGAAUUUUUCCUCCUUGAGGGCCAUCAUUUCAGCACUGCAGUCCAACUCCAUCUAUCGGCUAAAGAAGGCCUGGGCGUGUGUUCCAAAGGACAUAAUGCUGAUGUUUGAAGAGCUGUCUUAUAUCUUCUCAGACCAUGACAAUUAUUUGACAAGUAGGGAGCUGCUGAUGAAGGAAGGAACUUCCAAAUUUGCGAAUCUGGACAGCAGUGUGAAAGAAAAUCAGAAAAGGACACAGAGGCGACUACAACUUCAAAAAGAUAUGGGAGUAAUGCAAGGCACGGUACCUUAUCUUGGUACCUUCCUCACUGAUCUCAUCAUGCUUGACACAGCCCUUCAGGACUAUAUUGAGGGUGGCCUGAUAAAUUUUGAGAAGAGGCGCAGGGAAUUUGAAGUAAUUGCCCAAAUUAAGCUCUUGCAAUCUGCAUGUAACAGCUAUUGCAUGACACCAGACCAAAAAUUCAUCCAGUGGUUCAGGACACAGCAGCACUUAACUGAGGAGGAGAGUUACAGCCUUUCACGUGAGGUUGAAGCAGCUGCUGACACUAGCACCACAUCGCCAAAAUCUCGGAAAAGCAUGGUGAAGAGAUUCAGCCUACUGUUUCUAGGCUCUGAGGUGAUCGCCCAUAGCACACCCAUCAAAGAGCAACCCAAAUCUGCUCCAGGUGGGAGCUCUGGUGAAAGCACGGACUCGGCCAGUGUUUCGUCCUGUGAGUUCAAUCACUCUGAAUCUGAAGACAUCUGCAUCAGUCCCAUAGGCACUCCUGAUGACUCUCAGAAAAAGCUCUCUGAAUCCCCCUCCACUUCCUCCUCCUCCUCCUGUUCCUUCACCCAUUCCAUGGACACAUCUUCCUCGGGGGUGUCAUCUUUCAUCUCACCCGCUCCUUUGGUGUCCUUCAACGACAAGGGCUCUGUCUCCGUGACACCCGUUACCUCAAAAGUACUGCCUCCUGUUUACAACCAGCAGAACAAAGAUAUGUGCAUCAUCCGGAUCAGCGUAGAAGACAACAAUGGCAAUAUGUACAAGAGCAUCCUGGUAACUAGCCAAGACAAAACUCCUGCUGUCAUCCAGAGAGCUAUGUUGAAGCACAACCUGGAAUCCGACGCAGCUCAGGAUUAUGAGCUUGUACAGGUCAUCUCGGAGAACAAAGAGCUGGUGAUCCCUGCCAACGCCAACGUGUUCUACGCCAUGAACAGCCACGUGAACUUCAAUUUCAUCCUGCGGAAAAAAGCUUCAGUCAACGGGCAGGUGAAAAUGAGGAGCCGUUGCAGUCUGACACUCCCCAGAACUGCCAAACGGGGGUGCUGGAGCAACAGGCCCAGCAAAAUUACACUGUGA